UGCGCGCGUGCGUUGGUGUAGGUUUACUGCGCUCCGACCGCUCCGACACACGUUAAAGAUCUGAGUCGUAUUUUUCGCCACAAUAAACCCCCAAUCGUAAUAAGUACUUUUCGACUGCAGCCACUUGACAAACGGACAAUUGUCGAGGAGUGGUGACAACAAUAUCCUUCAUUUUUCAUCGCCAGUCCAGAUCAUUCCUAAAAAAUGUCAGCAAAGGCGAUCCGCGAAGCAACCGGAAAAGAUCUGAUAAACCGAAAGCUAGUGAACGGCACAAAAGCGGCAAAAUGUCGUUUCGUCCAAAUAGAUGAGCACACCAACUGGAAUACAGCCAUCGCCGAAAAUCCCUGGCUAUCCUCGGAGAAGCUGGUGGUCAAGCCAGACCAGUUGAUCAAACGUCGCGGCAAACUUGGCCUGAUCAAGGUUAACGCCGAUUUGCCAGCAGUCCGUCACUGGAUAAACGAACGCAUGAAUAAAGAGCAGAAAGUUGAGAAAGCAACCGGCAAACUGAAGACCUUCAUAAUCGAGCCAUUUGUCCCCCACAAGGCCGAAGAAGAGGCUUACGUCUGCAUCUACUCCCACCGAACAGCCGACACAAUUCUCUUCCAUCACCAAGGAGGUGUCGACAUCGGUGACGUAGAUGCAAAGGCCCUGAAACUCGAUGUUCCAGUGGGCAAAGAACUCCCAGACAAAGCAACAAUAAUCUCAAAACUCCUUGCCCACGUUGCUGAAACCAAGAAGAACGAUAUUGCCACUUUCAUCGAAGCUCUCUACAAACUCUACGUCGACCUCUACUUCACAUACUUGGAGAUAAACCCUCUCGUGGUAACCGACGAUUACAUCUACAUUCUGGACCUCGCCGCCAAGCUCGACACAACAGCUGACUUCAUCUGUCGUCCUGACUGGGGAGAAAUCACCUAUCCACCGCCAUUCGGUCGUGACGCCUAUCCCGAGGAGGCUUACAUCGCCGAUCUCGAUGCCAAAUCGGGCGCCUCCCUGAAGCUAACGAUCCUCAAUCCAAAAGGCAGGAUCUGGACAAUGGUAGCUGGUGGUGGUGCAUCGGUCAUCUACUCCGACACAAUCUGCGAUUUGGGGGGUGCCUCGGAACUCGCCAACUACGGUGAGUACUCCGGUGCUCCAAGCGAGCAACAAACCUACGAAUACGCCAAGACUAUUCUCAGCCUGAUGACAAAGGAAAAGCAUCCCGAUGGCAAAGUCCUCAUAAUCGGCGGUGGAAUAGCAAACUUCACCAAUGUCGCAGCAACCUUCAAAGGAAUAGUUAAAUCCCUCCAGGAGUUUCAGCCUAAACUGGUGGAGCACGACAUCAGGAUAUUCGUGAGACGAGCUGGACCAAAUUACCAAGAGGGCCUUCGCAUAAUCCGAGAGGUCGGUCGUCGUUUAGCCAUUCCCGUCAAUGUCUUCGGCCCGGAGACCCACAUGACAGCCAUCUGUGCAAUGGCAAUGGGCAAAAAGCCAAUUCCAGAUCCAGAGGCCCAGGAAUUCUCAACGGCGAACUUUUUGCUUCCCUCGGGGCAGGACGUGGGGCCCACCUCCCCCCUGCCAACCCCACCCCCUCCUGUCCAAGGGCCAAAGGUGACGCAGGACUCGACGGACUCGCCGGACUCGCCGGACUCGCCGGACUCGCCGUCGACUCAACAACUCUUCAGCAAUGGAACUCGUUCCAUCAUCUGGGGCAUGCAGACAAGGGCUGUGCAAAGCAUGCUGGACUUUGACUUUGUCUGUCGUAGGACAGUGCCGUCAGUGGCUGCUAUAGUCUACCCCUUUGUUGGUGAUCACAAACAAAAGUUCUACUGGGGCCACAAGGAAGUCCUCAUUCCGGUUUACAAGCUGAUGAAGGACGCCAUGGGAAAGCACCCAGACGCCGAUGUAAUGGUGACAUUCGCCAGUCUGAGAUCAGCUUACGAGAGCACUGUCGAGACCCUUCAGUUCCCCCAAAUCAGGACAAUAGCUAUAAUCGCUGAGGGAAUACCCGAGAACAUGACGAGAAAGCUCAUUCUGAUGGCGCAUGAGAAGAAGGUCACCAUCAUCGGUCCAGCAACAGUGGGAGGGGUCAAGCCAGGAUGCUUCAAGAUUGGCAACACUGGUGGCAUGAUGGACAACAUACUACACAGCAAGCUCUACCGACCAGGAAGUGUGGCAUACGUGUCGAGAUCUGGUGGCAUGUCCAAUGAGCUCAACAACAUCAUCUCCAAGGCCUCUAAUGGAGUUCUCGAGGGAGUUGCCAUUGGCGGGGAUAGGUACCCCGGUACGACCUUCAUGGACCACAUAAUGAGGUACCAGAACAAUCCUCAGGCCAAGUUGAUCAUCCUGCUGGGGGAGGUCGGGGGGGUCGAAGAGUACGAAGUGUGCCAAGCACUCGAGUCUGGAAGGAUAACGAAACCCCUGGUUGCCUGGUGUAUAGGUACUUGCGCAAGCAUGUUUAAAUCAGAAGUACAGUUUGGACAUGCAGGCUCGAUUGCCCACAGCAACAUGGAAACAGCUUCCGCCAAGAACGAAGCCUUGAGGAAAGCCGGAGCACACGUGCCCGACAGCUUUGACACCCUUGGUGAUCUCAUUGCUUCGGUUUAUGGUAAACUCGUGGACAGUGGGAGCAUUGUGCCAGCACCGGAAGUGCCUCCACCAACGGUACCGAUGGAUUACAAUUGGGCGAGGGAGCUGGGGCUCAUAAGGAAGCCUGCCUCCUUCAUGACGUCCAUCUGCGACGAGAGGGGACAGGAGCUUCUUUAUGCUGGGAUGCCUGUUACAGAGGUUCUCAAGCAGAAUGUGGGGAUUGGGGGGGUUGUUUCGUUGCUCUGGUUCCAGCGGUGUCUUCAGCCUACUUACUGCAAAUUCCUGGAGAUGUCGCUGAUGCUCACUGCUGAUCAUGGUCCAGCUGUCUCGGGGGCACACAACACCAUUGUCUGCGCCAGGGCUGGCAAGGAUCUUGUUAGCUCACUUGUCUCCGGACUUUUGACCAUUGGCGACAGGUUUGGAGGCGCUCUGGAUGGCGCUGCACGCAUGUUCUCGGAGGCUUACGAUGCUGGAUUACAUCCUCAGGAGUUUGUUAAUAAUACGAGGAAGAAGGGGGAACUCAUCAUGGGGAUUGGCCACAGGGUUAAGAGUAUUAAUAAUCCUGAUAUGAGGGUCAAAUUGAUUAAGGAGUAUGUCAUGGAGAACUUUCCGGCUAAGCCGUUGGUAGAGUAUGCUAUGGAGGUGGAGAAGAUCACUACCAGCAAGAAGCCCAAUCUUAUUCUCAAUGUGGAUGGUAUUGUUGCCUGCGCUUUUGUCGAUAUGCUGAGGCAUUCCGGGAUGUUCACGAGGGAGGAGGCACAGGAGUAUAUCGAGAUCGGGGCGAUCAAUAGCUUGUUUGUGCUGGGAAGGAGUAUAGGGUUCAUUGGACAUUAUAUGGAUCAAAAACGAUUGAAACAAGGCCUCUACCGACAUCCAUGGGACGACAUCUCCUACGUUCUUCCCGAGCAGUACAAUUGAGUGAAUUGUAGAGAAAAAAAAUCAGUGCUACGAAAUGUUGAAAAUCACGUUCUAUUGAAUGCAUAAUACGUCCACUCCAAUAACUAAGAAAAAGAUGAUGUUGAUAACAACAAUGAGAUCUCCUGCAGUUCCAGAGGAAUGGUGAAUCGGUGUUUUUGUCUGACAAGGCAUUUAGAAAUUUUUGGAAAAUAAUUAAUUCAUUGGUUGAUUAAUUUAGCAAUGGAUUAGAGAAAUUAUGAAGGUCUUAUUGGACAGAAAAUGAUUCAGAUAAAUCUCUGAAGGUGUCACAUUCCCUAGUUUGUACGAUAAAUUAGUGGAUAAACAGAUCAACGAUGGCAGCACAAAGAUUCAUGCAAGAAAAUUUAGAAAAAUUACUGAAAAAUUAUUUUUCAAAGUAAAUAGAAAGUAAUGAGUAAUGAAAUUGCACAAUUGAAAUUUCUUAACCGUUUAGAGUUAAACGACGAGGUGGUGAGUUAAAUUUACGUGCAUUUGUAUUAUAAUUUACGGGUUGUGUCGAAAUUCAAUUGAAGGAGUUACAUGAGUGAAAUAGUUGAUUAUUUUCAUUGUUUAUCUAGGUACUAUACAUAUGAUUUUUAUUACUGUUAGUCACACGGUGAAACGUUCUUUGGAAGGUUUUAAUAAGGCUCUUUUCUUUACAAGGUUGAGUAUUUUUUCAUUUUUUUUUUUUUUUUUCAUUAAUUUUUAGGCAUUCCGGUGGAAUGAACAAUCUCACUUUUCCGAAAAUUGUGUUGAUAGAACAAAUGGACAUGAAUGAUUGAACUUAAUAAAAAUUUGAAGG